AUGACUCAGAAUGUGACCAACGAUACCACUGCUUUCGAAACUUCCACAAGUAUCUCUUCAAAUCUGAGCACUCUACUCCCCAUGGAAAUAGACGGAAACAGGUCUUCACACCAACCUUCAGCACCUCCAUUUACAGACUCUCACGAUACGCGUGCGAAUGCCUCUAAUGCAACAACAUGGUUCCCAGUGUCUACACUCUCCGGACAAGCCUCCUCGAAGGCGGAACGGAACAUAUCAGGGACGAGUACUACUGAGACUCCUACUGUAAGUAGUGACGUGGAUUACUCUUGGAGUGAGGACACUGAAACUACUGAGGCAUUCUCGAUUUUUACCGCAACCAUAAUACCAUCCACUAAACCCACUACCAUCCACUCCACACCAUCAUCAGUGGAUACUACGUACACGGCAACCGCACCGACAAUAACGACUGUUCUGAACAUGACGGAAACAGCAGUGGCGACUAAUCAAACGUCAAACAUCACAUCCACGGAUUUGGACUCUGGUUCCAAUGUUACCCAUUCAACUGGUGAAGAUGUGACAGAGACAGCAGAUGUUAAUACUACGGUACAAGUGCUGCCUCAUGAAUCAUCUUCAAAACAUCUCAAUACAACUCUACAACUCACAGAGCCUACAACAGGACCCCUUUCAUCGACCACUUCUGUCAAACCGCCGACACUAUCUGAUGUUGUUCCUCCAAUUGUACGAAAGGAAACCACCACUUCAACAACUGUGCGUCAAUCAUUUACUACAGAGACCACCUCCACUGCUGCAAAACCAACGGAAGGGACAACAUCUUCAGUGUCUCCGGAAUCGACUACUGAAACUGCUGGAUACUUCGAAUCAACAACGGGAUAUCUCUCAACGCUGUCAUCAGAGGGGUGA